AUGGACGACAAUGGCCGUCCAACCCCCCGACCUCUCCAGCCAAGCCUGGUCUCCUCUUCCAAACGGGCGAGGAAACCAAGAAGGCGACAAAUACAAUUCUCCCUCGAGUCUCGGGAAGCCGUGACCGCUCCCUUCACUGAGUCCGCAAGGCCGUCGGCGAGCACGGAGCCAGAAUGGUCGCCCAGUCUGCAGCCGACACAACCUCCGCCCACAAGCUCUGGCAACCCACAACAGCAAUAUCCCCCUGUACCACCGAGCCAUGCCAGCCACACACAACAGCCUUAUGCCAUGGCGUCUGGAUAUCCUGAGCCGCCUCAGCAAUCGCCCUCUUGGGCACCUGGGCAUGCUGGCAAGCCUCAACAGCCUUAUAACACCCAGACUCAAGAGUCGUACGCAAUAGCUCUUGGAUACCCUGCUCAGGGACUGCAGCAGCCACACGAUAGGCCACCCCCGCCUCCGCAGUCGUUUUUUACUUUUAUUCAAGGAUAUGCCCAACAGAGCCAGCAGGCACGCGCGGCUUCACCCAGGUAUACUGAGCACGCUCCGCAGUCGGAUACCCAUCCGAACCAACAUCCGCAUCCCAUGGCACCUGUAUUCCUGGAUCACGCUCAGCAGCCGGGUACGGUGCCAUCUGGCCAUACCGAUCAGGGCCAGCCCCCGCAUGUUAUGGCACCUAGAUACGCAGGUCACGCUCAGCCUCAGCCGCCGAUACAUCUUCCCCCAGCACAGCAGUCGCACUUCUUACCACCAGGGAAUUCAGAUCAUGGCCAGCAACCGUACAACAGGCCACCAGAAGCUUCUUCUCGCCACGCUCACGGAAGCCGCCUGCAGUCUUAUUCGACGACACCAAAUCCUGGGGCGCUGCCGCCCGCUGUACCUGGAAGCCAGCUUCAGCCGUCCUUCGUACCGGUAGCAGGCCCCUCGGGCCCACAGGGUACACCUUUGCCGAACCGCCAACCUCCAGCUUCUGGAAGUCAGGCAGCGCCGGGUCCUUCGGCAAGCAGGUCAUCGCCAAGAAAGCGCUCCGCUGAGGAUCCCAUUCCCGAAGGAAGCAGAGGUCCUCCCCCGGCCAGGAGGCGGCGUGGAGUUGGCAGGAAGCAACCUCCCCGCCGCCCCGAUAUGCGUACGCAGAACGCGACCUUGCAGGCGUUUCAAUCGUUCGAGAAGAAAUUCAGAGACUUACAACAAAGCUACAGCGAGAAGAUUGACCGAGCGGAGCGGGAACUCGAGCAACGCGAAGAUGAAUUCAGGAGGCGCGAGCCUGGCAUGAGAGGCGAGUACCAGCACGUGUUGGAGUCCAUCAGGUUGGACCACGAGAGACAACGCAAACAUUGGAAGGGAGAGUUGCAGACGCAUGAGCGAAAGUGGAAUCAUGUGGUCCAGCAUGAGGACUUGUUAUGGCGAACGGCCUAUGCGGAGCUGGACCGGAUAUGGGAUAUGUGGCUCAAUGGUUACACCGAAGGCCAAGUCUCGAAAGAACUUGCCGAAUACAGCUUCGAGCUGGACAGAGCGACCUGGUACUUGGGUGCAAUCCCUGGAGAUGAAUUAUGGCGGCGUAUGCCUACAGAGCGGGCGGGAGUUCGUCCAUCGCAGCCACAGCGACCGCCCCAGCCACAGAAACAGCCACAACAUCAACCUCCGCCACACCAGCAGCCACAACCUCAACCUCAACCUCAACCUCAACAUCAAUAUCAACCUCCGCCGCAGCCACCUACCUCUGGCACUGCACCGCCAUCACCAGAAAAUCCGAACCCAGCAUUGACACCAACGACGACACCACCAUCAGGAUAUUCGCUUGCCUCAGCGUCGAUGCCGCCUCCCCCGCGUCCUUCGAGUACCACAACAUCAAUGCCGCCUCCCCCUCGUCCUUCGCGUACCACAACCUCAAUGCCACCGCUCCCUCGCCCUUCUAACACCACUCCGCCGAUUCCCACCCCCAACCACCCUUCUGACGCAGCAAGAACAAUGUCACUACCGUCACGCCCGAGAAGACCACCGAUAGUGCCACCGCCACCACUCCCCUACAUUGAAUUCCCCCCGUCACCGCCGCCUGAGCCAGGAAUUACACUGCUGCCACCGCUGCGCCCGAACAUAAGAACGGCAAUGCCGCCAUCCCCUCCUCCUGACAAGGCAACAACAACGACGCCUCCACCUGUGCUCCCUGACAUAGGAUUCGCAAGGCCCUCGCUGCCGCAUCCAAAUGCAACGGCGGCACUGAUAUCGCCACGACAGCCUUAUUUAAAGACGGUGGCGCCUCCAACGCAGUUUCCUCACGGUGCGGUGAAGAUGCCGGAGACGCCAGACCGUCUCAAACUCAGGGUGGUGGCGCCGGAGGGAGAGGAUGAUAGAGCACCGGCAAUGCCGCCGCAGCCACAUCCCCAUCCUCACAGGGCAACGGAGAUAUCCCAGCAGCCACGUCUCCUGGGACCAAGAACAAUCUCCCCAGAACUUCAUCCUCCCAGACCCAUAACGAUAUCCCCAGAACCCGAUCCUCACGUAGCAUCGACGAUUUCACCGCAGAUACAUCCCUACAGGCCAUUGGGAAUCCCAUCACUGCUGGGUCCCCAGCUACCUCUCAUCACAAAAGCCAUAACAGCGACACAGCCAUCGCACGAAGAUCCGUCUAGGCCACCGGAAAACCCACCACCGCUUCCUCCACAUAUAGCCGCAGCGAUAGCAGCGUUAAAGACACCACAGCAAGAUCUAUACAGCUCAUCAGAACCAAGCCCUUAUACAUCAAUGGCGAUGCCGCAGCCGUUGCAACCGGGCAGCUUCUACAGAACAAGGGUGGUAACGUCGAUAUCGCCGUCGCCCUCGCCACCACUAACAUGGUCAUUGUCACCGGAACCAGGACCAGCAACAGCACGAGCUCCGGUACCAGAACCAUCACCCUCACCUUCUCCACCACUGCCACCACCACGACGUCUCACAAUGGUAGAGUUGGAGCCAGCCACGGAUGCGGAGGAGGAAAACGGCAAGGACAAGGGAAAGGGAACAGGCAACGCUCAACAUACGGGCGAAGCUACGAGCAAAGGUAAGGAAAGGGCAACCACACCACCUGGAUUCAUGGCUCGACGGGGUGGCAUGGAUAAUGAUGAUGAUGAUGAUAACGAUGACGACUCAUACCUCCGCGAUGUUACCCGCGUCGGAUAUUGA